GGGGCAGCGGGGCAGAACGCGGGAGCUGCGUUCGUUUUGGCUCCCGGCAGCCGCCGUAGCCUGGAACCGGAAGUGUCGCACUGGAGCCGGCGUCGCGAUGGAGUUCUCUGAGGAGACGCUCAGGAAGCAGUUGGGCAAGUAUCCCUGCUCUCUGCAAGACCAUUGGGAGUGUUUGAGGAAGUAGACUGUAGCAUCUGGCUAAAAAUAGAUGUAUAAAUUCAGAGACCUGACCAUAGAAGAACUGAAGAAUGUAAAUAAGAUCUACCCAAACUUUCUGUUUUCCAUGGACACCUAUACUUUCAAAGAUGGAUCCCAAAAAGACCUCCUGAAUUUUAGUGGCACUGUUCCAAUAACUUACCAUGGUCAUUCCUAUAACAUACCAGUUCGUCUAUGGAUCUUGGAUUCUCACCCUUUUGCACCACCCAUUUGUUUCUUAAAGCCAACUGUAAACAUGGGAAUUUCUGUGGGAAAACAUGUUGAUGCACAUGGCAGGAUAUAUUUGCCCUACUUACAAAACUGGAGCCACCCAAAAUCAACUGUCAUUGGGUUAAUCAAGGAAAUGACUGCCAAAUUUGAUGAAGAGCUCCCUCUGUAUUCACUGUCAUCAUCUGAUGCAGCCAGGCAGCUGGAACUGUUGUCUUUUAUUGCUAAGUUCAGUGAAGGUGAAACUGAUAUGAAAUCAAAGAGUCAAGUGGAGAAAGAGAAGAAAAAUGAAACUUGUAACAAAGUUACGGUUAUUGGAGCAGGAGAUCUUGGUAUCGCUUGUGUACUAGCAAUUACAGCAAAAGGUGCUGCAGACCAGGUGGUUCUUUUAGAUCCCUCUGAAGGUGCAGCAAAAGGAGGAAUCAUGGACCUGGAUAUCUUCGAUCUACCAAAUGUAGAGAUUAGCAAAGAUUUUUCUGCUUCUGCUGAUUCCAAAGUGGUGGUGUUUACUGUUAAUUAUCUGGGUAAUGCUCAGUCAUAUCUUGAUGUCAUACAAAGCAAUGUGGAUCUGUUCAGAGGAAUUGUCCCUGCCAUAGCACACCAUAGUCAAAAUAGUGUGCUGCUUGUUGCAUCUCAUCCAGUGGAAAUAAUGACCUAUGUAUCAUGGAAGCUGAGUGCAUUUCCCAAAAGCAGAGUUAUUGGAAUUGGCUGCAACCUGGACACUGAGAGGUUCCAGUAUGUCAUCGCAAACCUGUUGAAAGCUCAGACUGUAGGAAAAGAGGCUUGGAUUAUUGGUGAACAAGGGGAAGGCAAAGUGCCUGCAUGGACUGGUUCUAAUUCAGCAACGUGUCAAACUGCAGCAAAAUCACAUCAUAAUUCAAGGGAACAGUUAGCAAACAGAGCCAUGGAAGUUCUUAAGGGAAAAGGUCAAAGGUCUUGGUCUGUUGCAUUAUCAAUAGCUGACCUGAUUGAAAGUAUAUUGAAAGAUAAAAGAAAAGUUCAUUCCGUAUCCACUCUGGCAAAGUAUAAGUACAGAGACCUAACAGUGCAGGAAACCAUCAGUGUUAUUACCCAGUACAAAGACCUCAAACCUGUAAUGGAUGCAUAUGUUUUUAACGAUGGGUCAUCUCGGGAGUUGAUGAGCCUCUCUGGGACCAUUCCUGUGCCUUAUAGAGGUAACACAUACAAUAUCCCAAUAUGCCUGUGGCUGCUGGACACAUACCCUUUCAAUCCUCCAAUCUGUUUUGUUAAACCCACUAGUUCAAUGACAAUUAAAACUGGAAAGCAUGUUGAUGCAAAUGGAAAGAUAUACCUUCCUUAUCUACAUGAGUGGAAACAUCCCCAGUCAGAUUUGUUAGAAUUGAUUCAAGUUAUGAUUGUGGUAUUCGGAGAGGAGCCUCCUGUCUUUUCCCGGCCUACCAUUUCAGCAUCCUAUCCACCAUACCAACCGACAGGACCACCAAAUGCUUCCUACAUGCCAGGCAUGCCAAGUGGAAUCUCUCCCUAUCCACCAGGACACCCUCCUAAUCCAAGUGGCUACCCAAGCUACCCUUAUCCCUCUGGCGUUCCGUUUCCAGCAACAACAAGUGCUCAGCAUUACCCUUCUCAGCCACCUGUGACUGCUGUUGCAGAUACUAGAAGAAAGCAGAAGCAGGUAUGGAUUUGUGGUCAUUCAUAUGUUUUAUGGGCAGAAAAACGGGCACUCUCAAGAAGCUUUGGUCCGCAGCUGGGUAUUCGAGUGGAGGAUGCCAAAUUGCACUGGAUAGGAAAGAGGGGAAUGAUGUGGGAUCAGUUAAUACCCAUGCUGUUGCAUGCCCGACGACAUCUGCCAGAUCCUGAGAUACUGGUGAUACACCUAGGAGGAAAUGACCUGGGAACAACAAAACUUAUGAAUCUUAUAAUCAGAAUAAAGAAGGAUUUAGGAUUUAUCAGGCACGUGUUCAAGAAUGUCAUUUUGGUCUGGUCAACCAUUGUGCCUCGAAAAGCCUGGUGGAACCAAGAUGAGGCCUGUAAACUCGUGGAUGAGAACCGGAAAAAAGUCAAUAGUCAAAUUAGCAACUUUAUGAAGUCAAUUGGAGGAUUUGUGAUCAGACACGAUUCCCUUGUGCCAGAGUCUCCAGGUUUAUUCCAUCUAAAUGGUGUCCUCUUAUCUGAAAGUGGUACUGAUGUCUUCAACCUGGAUUUACUGAGUGUUCUGGAGAACUUGAUUUGACUGUGAUUUAACUUUGGAGGUAGAAUGACAUUACUGUUUGACAAGUAGGAAGCUUGCCAGGGGCAAGGGAUAUUCAGGAUAUAAAGGAAUAUUUUGGCAGGGAUUGGAGGUACUAUCUUCCUUAUGAGGCAGCAGUGUUGGUUGGUGAAUACAUUUUGAAGAGCUAUUAUAUUUUUUAUGGCUCAUCUAGUGGAACUUUUUCUUCCCAGCCUUACAGUGAGAUGUCAUUCCCAGACAGUAAGCCUUGUUGUCCUGCAGCCUUGCUUGAUUGACAUAUGCAGUUUGUUGAAAGAGACACUGGCAAAUAGUUUUAAUGCCUUAUUUUUCAUAUCCUAUAUUUUUGUGUGAAACCACACUGUAGUAAGUGGCUUUGCGAUCUGACAAAAUAAGAAUAACUUUAAGUAUUUAAUUACUAGAGAGAACACUAAUACUGAGCACAAAGAUAGAAAUAGAAUUAGUAUUUGCUAUUGUAGCAGGCAUCUUAAGUAAUAUAUAAAACUGAAAGGGAAUCAGGGUUGGUGUGGGAGAGAGGAUGCUGUGAGUUGAGAUUUUUAGCUUCUGUUCCGAGCUUUGCUAUUGAUUUAUUAUGGAAAUAAGUCACUUAUGUGAAUAGAUAGAAGCAAAGAGAAGUUAGCUCUAUUAAAUGAGAUACAACUUCUUGGGUGGGUGUGAUGAGGUUUAUUUAUAAAGCACUUAAACUGUUCAUGUAAAAGUUACUGUACAGUUCAAUAUUUUUAUUGUGAAGGUAUAAACUUUUAAAGAGAGUCACCUUUUUAAAUAACCAGAUAUUUUUAAAAUUUUAACGGUAUUUUUGUAUUUUUACAGAUGCUCAGAAAGAGAUUCUUUCCUUAGGAGUGUUGUCCUUUUUCCUCUUUGUUUUUUUACAGAGCAUAGCAUUAACAAUUUUGUGGUUAACCCUGUACCAUUGAUAUUUGCAAAAUAGUUCUGGAAGUAAUGUGUGAUGCUAUAGAACAGUAUGAGACAUUCAGGACUUUUAUUUGGUUUCUUCGAAAUUGGAACUUUAAAAACUUUUUUUCUAUACUUUUGUCCUUUUAAAAAAUAAAAGAUAUAACUUCCCACCUGAUUUCACUUGAAACUUAGGUUUUUACCUACCUUGACACUUCUAUAAACUGCUUGACAGUGUCUCUCAAAUGUAGCAAUCGCACAGCAAAAUAAAACUGCAAAAUUUUUCUUCUGACAGUUGCUGGAGUAUAUUUAUUCUCCUGUUUCCAGGGGAAAAGCUUCAGCCCUGGUUCAUACUUACUACAUUUCAAACAUAUAUUUCUACGUAUUGCCACUUAGCAAGCACUACAACUUAAUCUUAUCUCAGUGUAACUGCUGUACCGUAAUAAUCAAAGUACACUGGAAUGUCAUUUUAGUGUGCACACUUUUCUGUAUAUUAUGUUUUUGAAAACCUGGAUUUUAUCAAGCAAAUUUUAAAUAGUAUUUCAAGAAUCUUUCUGGCAUCCCUCCUGGCUCAGUUUUCAUCUAGGCAAGUAUAAGACAACACUCAUUAACCUGUAUGGGUAGUAGUUUUGGUCAGUAGACCUCAGGUGUCCAUCACUUUUAGUUCUAAAAUAAGGACAAAUAUCAGCAUUCUGCUUUAUGCAGAAUGUACCUUUGGGAAGGCCCUUUCUGCAGGGUUUGAGAGAGGAAGUGUUUUAAUCUGAAUUCCUCUUUCUUACCUCUGUUUUAAUUGUUUCCAUCCAUGAAGGUGUAGUUAUGCUGAGGAUUGCCUGCAAAAGGACGCAUGGAAAUUUCAGCAAAAAAGCUAUAGCAAAAUAUUGUUGAUUUUUCCAUUGUGGCUUUGAACUACAAAGAUUCAUAGCCUGUUGAACUUUUAAAAGAGGCCAGGGGAGCUGCAAUUUAAUCGAAAACACCAAAAUCUGGAUACUGGACUUCAAGGCAACAGCAGUAGAAUAGGGUAUAUGGAUCUCCAUAUAGCAUAUAUCUUAGUUAGUUUUAUUGCAGCUGGAGAAGACUGUUUAAUCGCUCUUUGUAAAUACUUUUGAAGGAUUCUCACCUGUACAAGGCAAUGAGAACCUAAAGAGGAAUUGAGCUUCAUUUGUUUCAUACAGUAAAACAUUGUGCCCAAUACUUACAUCUUGAGGAUUUAGCACUAUUAGGAUUUAAAGGAAGCGUUUGGUACUCCACACUCAAGACUAGAAGGAAAUGCCUACACUCUGGCAAGCCCCGCAGUUGUUCUUAUACCUUUUGAUGUUGGACUGUGUUAACAAUUAAUGUUUGUAUAAUACAGUGAUUUUGUUUUACAAAUAAAGCUGUUGCCUUCA